CAAGUCACCUUUCUUGGAAGUCAUGGUCAGCACUCACCAGCUUCAAUUUUUUGUGUUUUGCUUCCCCAUUCUUGCUUUGGGCAUUGGCUUCUUCCUACUUUGUGUUUUCCUCCUUUCAGGUUCAUGCUUAGCACCAGACUCACCUUUGAGGAAACUAGCAGUUCUCUACAAUAACAUGAUUCAGAGAGGGGCAUGUAACAACCACCAGCAGCUCCCUUUUAUCAUGAAGCAGAGUGAGCAACCACAUAAAAAGAAUACAGAGCCAUAUAAACGGUGGUGGAGCCAGGAUGAAGCAUGAGGGGGGGCCAAAUGUAUGAAUGCUCACUCAAACUUACAGCUAAGAGUUAGAACGUCUUGAUUUUUUGAACUCUCAAUAUUUAUUUAUUAUUUUAAAGUUCAAAAAAAUAGAAAUGAUUGUAACCUUAAUUAUGUUCAAUGUAGAAUAUAUUAUUUCUUUAAGA